CCUCGAUUAAAAACGAAAAUAAACUGCUGUUAGGAAUAAAUAACAGUUUUCUCCAAAAUGGAGGAUUCCGAUAUCUUUUUCAACUCAAAUACCCUGCCGAAAUAUAAGAUUGAACUACACAUUCACUUAGAUGGAGCAAUCAGAACUUCUACACUCUGGGAAUUAGCUAAGGAGAAGAAAAUAGACUUGCAUGUAGAUUCUGAAGAGGAGUUUUGUUCGUCUUUAAUGGUUGACGAGCCAACUAGCCUAAAGGAUUUUCUUAAGCCAUUCGAAAGAAUCCUCCCUAUUAUUGUUGGGGAUUUGAAAGCUAUCGAACGUAUCGCUUACGAAUUCUGUGAAGACGCCGCUAAGGAAAAUAUUCUGUAUGCGGAACCACGUUACAGUCCCCAUCUCCUGAGUUCCUGCUCGGUCACAGCAAAAGAUGUCGUGAAAGCAGUGAAUAAAGGACUGGCGCGUGGAUCUAAGGUUUUCGGUGUUCAUGUUCGAACCAUUUUGUGCUGCGUGCGUGGGAAAUCAGAUUGGUCCGAAGAAGUCCUAAAGCUGUGCACUGAAUUUAGAAAAGAAGGUGUCGUUGGAAUAGAUAUCACUGGUGAUCAAGAAGCUAAUACGGAAACCACUGAAUUAGACAUCGCUAUCUUUCAGAAAGCAGCUUCACUUGGCAUUCAUCGUACUGCGCAUGCAGGUGAAGAUGGUAACGCCUCUCAAGUCGAAAUGGCAGUUAAGCAGAUGCUUGCUGAAAGGAUCGGUCACGGUUACAGGGUAUUCGAAGACAUGAAAAUAUAUGAGGAAUGCCUCCAGAAGAACAUACACUUUGAGACAUGUCCAAUGUCAAGCAUCAUGACCGGAUCUGUGCCAAUUGAAGAUGGUAAACAUCCAAUUAUCAGAUUUGCUGAAGACGGUGCAAAUUUCUCCAUCAGUAGAGAUGAUCCCGUAUUAAUUCAGAAAUCUUUAGAAGACGAUUACGGUUUGCUCAAAAGUUUUGGACUUAGAGACAUUCAUUUUACAAGAGCAAAUUUCAAUGCCCUGCAAAGUGCUUUCCUGCCAGAUGAAGAGAAAAAAAGUUUGAUGAAAGAACUGAGCUCAGCAUAUGGAUUACGACCAAUUUAAUUAUUAAUUACAAUUAUAAUGAAAUAGUGUUAAAGAAAUAAAAAUUUAUUUUUUAAUGAA